GAAGACAGAUUGGUAGAACGAACCAGUAUUGUGCAAAGCUCGUCCAAACCCUCUGAUUUCCUUAACUUGGCGAAGAAAAAGAGGAAGUUCUCCGAGCGACUCACCACUGUGAUGCUACUAUGCCUUCUGACCCCGUCUUGGACUUCAUUUGGGAGAAUGUGGAGCCAUUUGAACAGGCUCCUCUUCUGGAGCAUAUUUUCUUCUGUCACGUGUAGAAAAGCUGUAUUGGAUUGUGAGGCAAUGAAAACAAAUGAAUUCCCUUCUCCAUGUUUGGACUCAAAGACUAAUGUGGUUAUGAAGGGUCAAAAUGUAUCCAUGUUUUGUUCCCAUAAGAACAAAUCACUGCAGAUCACCUAUUCAUUGUUUCGACAUAAGACACACCUGGGAACCCAGGAUGGAAAAGGUGAACCUGCGAUUUUUAACCUAAGCAUCACAGAAGCCCAUGAAUCAGGCCCCUACAAAUGCAAAGCCCAAGUUACCAGCUGUUCAAAAUACAGUCGUGACUUCAGCUUCACAAUUGUUGACCCGGUGACUGCCCCAGUGCUGAACAUUAUGGUCAUUCAAACAGAAACAGACCGACAUAUAACAUUACAUUGCCUCUCAGUCAAUGGCUCGCUGCCCAUCAAUUACACUUUCUUUGAAAACCAUGUUGCCAUAUCACCAGCUAUUUCCAAGUACGACAGGGAGCCUGCUGAAUUUAACUUAACCAAGAAGAAUCCUGGAGAAGAGGAAGAGUAUAGGUGUGAAGCUAAAAACAGAUUGCCUAACUAUGCAACAUACAGUCAACCUGUCACCAUGCCCUCAACAGGCGGAGACAGCUGUCCUUUCUGUCUGAAGCUACUACUUCCGGGGUUAUUACUGCUGCUGGUGGUGAUAAUCCUAAUUCUGGCUUUUUGGGUACUGCCCAAAUACAAAGCAAGAAAAGCUAUGAGAAAUAAUGUGCCCAGGGACCGUGGAGACACAGCCGUGGAAGUUGGAAUCUAUGCAAAUAUCCUUGAAAAACAAGCAAAGGAGGAAUCUGUGCCAGAAGUGGGAUCAAGGCCGUGUGUUUCCACAGCCCAAGAUGAGGCCAAACACUCCCAGGAGCUACAGUAUGCCACCCCCGUGUUCCAGGAGGUGGCACCAAGAGAGCAAGAAGCCUGUGAUUCUUAUAAAUCUGGAUAUGUCUAUUCUGAACUCAACUUCUGAAAUUUACAGAAACAAACUACAUCUCAGGAUUUUCUUACAGUCUGGAGACCAGAAAACUACUGUUGUGACUGUUGUGUUGUUGCCUCUGCCACAGCUGCCUCACACCCAGAAACAAGCCCACAGUGGAGGAGGAGAGCUUUGCCACUGCAGACAUUUGCUUCUCAGCCACAACAUUUUGCUUUCCAAACCCCAGCCUGGGCACCUCAUUGGUGGAAGAUACUCACAUCCCUGAUCCCAGGAAUACAGUGACUAUAAUUUUUUAGGUUUCUGACCCCACCAAAUAGGAGGAUGGUUAAGAUGUGGCAUGAAACAGCCCAUUAAAAUAUCUACCACACUAGCCAAAAUAUCAAUCAAGAGUGAGGGUAAUACACAUUUUAAAGCAAAGACUGAGAAGGUUAUCCAAUCACACAUUCUCACUGAAAGAACUACUAAGAACUAAAUGAUGUACUUUAUGAAGAAGGAAACUGAAUACAGAAAAAGUGUGUAGGAUUCAAGAAGCAUAUGAGGAAACAUAAAUGAGAGAGUUGCAUAAGGUUCAGAAACAUUAUAAAUUUAUCAUUAUUUUAAAAAUGUGGGCCGGGCAUGGUGGCUGAUGCCUGUAAUCCCAACACUUUGGGAGGCCGAGGCUGAUGGAUCACUUGAGCACAGGAGAUCAAGACCACCCUGGGCAACAUGAUGAAACCCCGUCUCUACUAAAAAAUAAAAACAUUGGCUAGGUGUGGUGGUGCAUGCCUGUAGUCCUAGCUACGCAGGAGGCUGAGGUGUGAGGAUCACUUGAGCCUAGGAAGCAGAGGCUGCAGUGAGCCGAGAUUGCACCACUGCACUCCAGCCUGGGUGACAGAGCAAGACCCUGUGUCAAAAAAAAAAAAAAAAGGCAUGGUAUUUGUAUAUGAUUGAACAAGCAGAACAAUGGAACCUGGGAGGUCAAGCAUUUUAAAGGUAAGCAGCAAGUCCGGAUGUAGUUCUAAAUAUAUAUAGUAACUUAGUAUAGGAUAAAUACGGCAUCUUAAAUCAAUGGGAAAAAGAUGGAUUAUUCAACAUAUUGUAAAAACUUGAGAAUCACAUUAAAAAAGUUGGACCCCUACCUCAUUCUUUACAACAAAAUUAAUUCUGAUAGAUGCAGUCACAGAAGUGCUAGAAGAAUAUGUGGGGGAUUUAAAAAUAAUCUUGAAGUGGGGAGGACUUUUAUAGGUAUGACUCACAAUCCAGAAGACAUAAAGGAUUGUUAAAUUUAAUUAGAUAAAUCAUUUAGUUAGAUGAAACAUUUUAAAAUUACAUUUAGAAAUCAUAAACUAAAUCUAAAGAAUAACUAGGGGCUGGGCGCAGUGGCUCACGUCUGUAAUCCCAUGGGGCAGGUGGAGCACCUGAGGUCAGGAGUUUGAGACCAGCCUGGCCAACACGGUGAAACCCCGUCUCUACUAAAAACACAAAAAUUAGCUGGUGUGGUGGCACAUACCUGUAGUCCCUGCUACUGGGGAGGCUGAGGCACGAGAAUUGCUUGAACCUGGGAGGUGGAGGUUGCAGUGAGCCAAGAUCGCGCCACUGCAUUCCAGCCUGGGCGACAGAGCAAGACUCCAUCUCAAAAAAAAAAAAAAAGAAUAACUAGGGAGAAAACACCAUGAUGUGUUGCAUAAUAACAUUUCAGUCAUUCAUGGACCAAAUAUAAGACAGGGGUCCCAUAAAACUAUAAUACCAUGUUUUUACUGUACCUUUUCUAUGUUUAGACACAUUUAGAUACACAAAUACUUACCAUUGUGCUACAAUUGCCUAGUGUUCAGUAGCAUGCUGUACAGGUUUAUCUCUAGGAAGAAUAGACUAUCCCACACACCCUAGGCGUGUAGCAGGCUAUGCCAUCUAGGUUUGUGCGAGUACACUCUAUGCUGUUGAAACAGUGACUUCCACUGUUAAGCGAUGCAUGACUGUAGUUUGAGCCCAGGUCUCAGAUAUUGUAUGAAGUUUCAUAAUAUUAUGAGCUUUUACAAAUCAUUAAGAGAAAGACCAAUAAUCCAGUAGAAAACUGGGAAAAGGUGGCAUCUGCAGGGUAACACCAGGGCAGCACAGAAAUCUUGCUGGGAUGAGGAGCUGCAAACAUGUGUGGUCGACUUUUUGGCCUUCUGCCUCUUCUACUCUCAGGGAUGGGGGAUUACGACCUAAAGAAGUUGUCUUUUCUCAGUGUUACUUCUCCCUAAGGAUUUAAAGGGGAGACUUGGCCAAAGGAAUGAUCAACAGUGGAUUUGAGAUGCCUGGAGCUUAUUUCCUUCUUUCUCCUUAACUGUCCUGGAAGGAAAUGGACUAGUGCCUUACCUCUGACUCUUCCGCAGCACACACCCACCACCAGAGACAGUAACUGAGAUCUGCAGUAGCACAGAAAUUUACAGGUUAGAAAAAUUAGACACCUAAGGAUUUCAUGACUCCAGACCUGUUUCCUUAGCAUGAUACCACACCAGUAGGAGAAAUACAACUUAAAAAAUUUCUUUGUAAAUAAAUUCUAUAAAAUUUUGGGUAAAAAUUUAUCAUAAAAAAAUUAUUAAAAGCAAUUGGGUUGGAAGGAAGUUCUGUCAAAAUACAAUCCAGGUGUGCAGUUCUCUGAUAAAUUUGGCAGUGGUUACUACUGAGGCAGUCUUUCAAAAAAAAGCAUAAGAGGACUUUAAGGGGUGAUGAAAAUUUUCUACAUUGCCUUUGUGAAGAUGGUUACACAUUUGUCAAUACUCAUCAAUUUGUACAUUUAAAAGAGGUAAAUUUAUUGUAUGUAAAUUGUAUCUUAAUAAA